AUGUACAAUGGUCAUACAGACCCUGUGGAGCAUGUGAGCCACUUCAACCAGAGAAUGGCAGUGCACUCCAAGAAUGAGACCUUGAUGUGUAAGGUAUUUCCAUCCAGCUUGGGGCCUAUGAUGAUGAGGUGGUUUGAUGGCCUGGGUGCAGGUUCUAUUGAUUCUUUUAAGGAGCUCAACUGGGCGUUUGGAUCUCGCUUCAUUACGUGCAGUAAGGUUCCUCGGCCCUUAAACGCCUGGUUGUCUAUGUCCAUGCGAGAAGGGGAGACCCUGAAAACGGACUUGGACAGAUAUUGGGAGAUGUUCAAUGAGAUCGAUUGGGACUUUGAUAAUGUGGCUAUAAGGACCUUCAAGGUCGGCCUGCCUGCCGAGCAUGAUUUGAGAAAAUCUUUGAUCAAGAAGCCGGUGAGGAGUAUGCAUCAGCUUAUGGACCGUAUUGACGAAUACAAGUGGGUUGAGGAACACUAG